CACUGUUUGGCAAUACCAUGCAGCUUAUUCAUUUAUCUCUUUGAUUACCGUCCCUACUCACUGGCUUCAUUUUCGCGCGCUUAGGUUUGACCCCUACUUAUGGCCGAAGAAGACGAAAUGAUUGUUGCGGCACCCGAUUGUAAGCGAAAGUUCGAAGAUUUACACUCUAACGACGGUGAGAACAAGAGUCCCCGUCUUGACGACGAUAACCUGAAUCACCUAGAGGAAAACGCUUCUUCAGAGGAAGUUCAAGAUGUAUCUAAAGAUAAUACAGAAGAAACUACUGACCCCACGGAUACCAAAGAGAUUCCUGUUGAGGAUGCCAAAGAGAUUCAUGUUGAUUCCAGCUCUAUUGAUCCCACCUUUCAGCAUUAUGCUUCUUCUUCUAGACAAAAUCAACCUAUAUCCGGCUCUGACACAACAACCACACGAGAAAUUGAGGUUCCUAGCAAUAAGGAGUUAAAUUUGAAGGAUCUUUUGGGAAGUAUACAUGAGUUCGAAAACCUAAUGAAUGCCAUGUUUCCAGAGGCUGAUGCUGGAGGUUCUCUUGCACUUUUAGAUCGGGUCCUGUCCCCUACUCAGGAUAUUGUGGAAUCUGAUCAAAUUCAGAUACAAGUUCCAAAUGAGAAGGAGUUCAAUUUAAAUGAUUUUUUGGAAAGUAUAGAUAAGGCAGAAAAGCUAUUGAAUGCCAUGAUUGCAGAGGAUGAUGCUGGAGGUUCUCCUGCAUUUGUAGCUCGAGGCCUCUCCCCUGCUGAUGCUAUCGUUGGAUCUGAUCAAAUUCAAAUACAAGUUCCAAAUGAGAAGUUUUCUCAGAUGCCAAGGGGAAAGGCAAAUUGUUCAUUAGUUGCUAAGAAAUCUGAGCCUGAACCUGAGAAGACAGUUGAAUCUGAUGAGAAGAUCGACCUUGAAGAGGAAAAUGAUCCUGAGGAAGAAAUGGAAGAGAUUGAAUAUGAAGAAGUAGAAGAAGAGGAGGAAGUGGAAGAAAUAGAAGAGGAGGUGGAAGAAAAGGAGGAGGACGCGGAGGAGGAAGAGGAAGAAGAAGAGAAGGAGGAAGAAGAGGUCGAAGAAGAUGAUACCAUGCAAAACCUUGAUGAUGAUGAUGAGAAAAAAAAGCACGCUGAACUUCUUUCUCUUCCUCACCACAAGUCUGAAGUAUACGUUGGUGGCAUUCCUCUAGAUGCCAAAACUGAAGAUUUGAAAGAAUUUUGUGAGUGUAUUGGGGAAGUUGUACAGGUUCGAAUAUUUAAAGGAAAAGAUGCUUCUGAGAAUAGGGGCUUUGCUUUUGUUACUUAUAGAAGUAUAGAACUGGCUUCUAAAGCCAUUAAGGAGCUGAAUAAUACCGAAUUUAAGGCUGGGAAAAUAAAAUGUUCUAAAUCUCAAGCAAAAAGUCGUCUUUUUAUUGGUAAUAUUCCUAGAAGCUGGGGCGAAAAAGACCUGAAGAAGGUUGUGUCUGACAUUGGACCUGGAGUUACUGCUGUUGAACUAAUCAAGGAUAUGAAGAACAUUAGCAAUAACCGUGGCUAUGCUUUUAUCGACUAUCAUAAUAAUCAGUGUGCUGAAUAUUCAAGGCAAAAGAUGACGAGCCCAUCAUUUAAGCUUGGUGACAAUUUCCCAACAGUGAACUGGGCUGAACCCAAAAAUGCUGAUUCCUCUGCUUCAUCCCAGGUGAAGGAAGUAUAUGUGAAGAACCUUCCCAAGAAUGUGACUAAAGAGCAGUUGAAGAAGCUUUUUGAACACCAUGGGAAGAUCACAAAGGUGGUUCUACCGCCACCAAAGCCUGGUCAGGAAAAGAACAGAAUUGGCUUUGUACAUUUUGCAGAGAGAUCAAAUGCUAUGAAAGCGCUAAAAAACACUGAAAAAUAUGUAUUAGAUGGUCAAAUUUUAGAGUGUUCGUUAGCAAAACAACAGGCUGAUCCGAAGGCCGUAGUAUCAAAUAUACAGACACAAGGAUCGCUUCCACGUUAUCCACCACAUGUCGGUUAUGGUUUGGAUGGGAAUCCCUAUGGUGUACUUGGUGCAGGAUAUGGUGCUCCUGGUCUUGCUCAGCCUUUCACGUAUGGACUGGGUCAAACUCCUGGUGGAAUUGCCAUGAUGCCAAAGCUUCUGGUUGAUAGACGCAUCAGAUAUGUCUUGCAACAACCAGGAUUGCAGCCACACCCCACACACCCUGCACACCCCACCUUCACAUCAAAGAGGUGGCAUGAGUGGCGGCGGUGGUAGUGGGAGGGGGAGUAGUGUUGGAUGGCACAUCAAUGAUAGUGGCCCAGGGCUCAUAUACCACCCAUAUUAGAUGGUCUUUAAUGUAUUGAGAAAUAUCAAGUUUAUUUCAUGCCUUUGCGAGCUAGUUUAUUUUAUCAAGUGUAAUACUCUGUUGUUUUUCAUUAAAUAUUUAUUUAUUAAUCCGUUGUCUCAGUCUUGAUUACAUUCA